GAAAAAAAACAAAACAAAAGCGAUUUGAUUUUCGAUAUAGACUCAUUUAAUAUUUGUAGUAUUUUGGUGGUGUUCAACUUGACAAAACUGACCACACAAUCAUGCCUCUUCUUGGGAACAAGUUCAAUACAAAGAAGACGCCCCCUAGAAGGUCGGCCUCUCUCAAUAAUCUGAAUCGUUUGGAGAGUUCCAUCAGAGAGGAAGAGUAUGGGAUGACCUAUGGACAGCCAAAGGUCAAACUCGGGGGUCAAGAACUCAAGUUUGAUGAAGACAAUGGGGUGUGGAUUGCUGAGUCUGGCAAUGCAGGAGGAGUCAGUCAGCGUGAUUUCAUCAAACUAAGAAAGCAGAACCAAUCCUUGGCUGAAGAAAACAAUCUACUCAAAUUAAAAAUUGAACUUUUACUUGACAUGCUGGCUGAAACCACAGCAGAGAAACACCUACUAGAAAAGGACAUGGGAGAGUAUGGACACUCAUCAAGUUCAAAGAAGAAGGGAAAAGGCCAGAAGAGAUGAUGAAGAAACGCUACCCAUUUUGGAAUUGUGCUGGACAAUCACGUGUUGCAUUCUUUGUACUGGCAAAGAAAAUCGCAUGCAGGGCGGAAGAAAAGCCACACUUAGCCAGUGUCAUGGUGUGGAAUUCUUUUGGAAAUGAUGAAACUGAUGCAGUUUCUUGUUAAUUGAUCUCAUAUUCUUGCUUAUUUUAUAGGCAGAUUUUGGAAUAGGUAUUGUGAAGAGCAAUUAUAUACCUUCAGCUCUUUCUUCAUUGCAUUGUGAACGCUUCAUCUUGACUUCCAGGCCUGUAUUCUGAAGUCGGGUUUAAUUGGAAUUCUGGUCUAAGACCUUAUAAGGUUUUGGUUUAACUAUAGAUAGCUAAUUGUGAAAUAAAUCUUUGAUAUUACAGGAUCGAUUUAUCUGCUCCUGUGACACUCAGUUAAGGAAGAACUAUCUGCAAAUAUAGUCACUUAAACAAUUUUCUUCUUCAUUAGAGCAUGAUGAAAGAGCACUCGGUUAACAUUAGAAAUUGUUGUGUCGGUGCAGGAACGCCCGUGGGCCUCACUGUGGAUUGCAUGCGCGCAGAAACGCCCUUAUACCCCUUUCAUAAACCCAAUUAUGCAGAUAAUAGCAGCAUAAUUUGGUCGUAAAAUCGGAGGAGGACCAGAGUUAUCUGCAUUAUUUCGAUGCUG